ACAUGGCAGACGAAGCCACUAGGAAAGUAGUUUCUGAAAUACCGCUUUUAAAAACUAAUUCUGGACCGAGAGACAAAGAGUUGUGGGUGCAGAGACUACGAGAGGAAUAUCUGGCAUUAAUUAAAUAUGUUGAAAAUAACAAGGCGGCUGAUAACGACUGGUUCCGCCUCGAGUCCAACAAAGAGGGAACGAGGUGGUUCGGAAAAUGCUGGUACAUCCACGAGCUUCUGAAGUACGAAUUCGACGUGGAAUUUGACAUUCCGGUCACGUAUCCAGCCACGGCGCCUGAAGUGGCGAUCCCAGAGCUAGACGGCAAGACGGCCAAAAUGUACAGGGGUGGUAAGAUCUGCCUGACUGAUCACUUCAAACCACUGUGGGCGAGGAACGUGCCGAAAUUCGGAUUGGCUCAUCUUAUGGCACUUGGACUGGGACCCUGGCUUGCCGUGGAAAUUCCAGACCUCAUUUCUAAAGGCUUAAUCCAGCACAAAGAGCAACAGAGCAGCUGAAAAUGGAUCCGGCGCUUUCAGGAACGGAGAAUCACUGUCCGGUCAUUAUCAUCUGACCCCAGACCAGCUAAAAGACUUACGCACACCCUAAUGACGACAUACACAUGACGUCCCAAACAAGCCCUGACUGACUGACCGACCAGUUUUGAUAUAUUCUAUUCUCCUGUGCAUUCUGGCUCCUUCUGCUGGUUACACGACCCCCUCUCUGUCCAAGCAGAAAUCCAAGAACCAGAAUUAUAUAUUAUGUUAUAUUCAAACUGUUGUCAGAUCUGAUAUUUCAUGAGUAAAUAAACUGUCACGUCGAGUUGCCCAAAUAUGGGACCAGUCGACAUGAUGGAUUUGUUUUGUUUGUCAUUUUGUCCUCUAAAGUAUUGACCACCGAAUAAACAAACUACACAACAAUAA